AUGCGCCUCAACAGCUCUGAGCCCGGCACCCCGCGGCCGCGCUCGGGGCUGGAGGCGGCGCUCCUGGCCCCGGGCUUCGGCAACGGUUCAGACAACGCGUCGGAGAACAUCCUGGCCGCGCCCAGCAGCGACCUGGACGUGAACACCGACAUCUACUCCAAGGUGCUGGUGACGGCCGUGUACCUGGCGCUCUUCGUGGUGGGCACGGUGGGCAACGCGGUGACAGCGUUCACGCUGGCGCACAAGAAGUCGCUGCAGCACCUGCAGAGCACGGUGCACUACCACCUGGGCAGCCUGGCGCUGUCCGACCUGCUCAUCCUGCUGCUGGCCAUGCCCGUGGAGCUGUACAACUUCAUCUGGGUGCACCACCCCUGGGCCUUCGGCGACGCCAUCUGCCGCGGCUACUACUUCCUGCGCGACGCCUGCACCUACGCCACGGCCCUCAACGUGGCCAGCCUGAGCGUGGAGCGCUACCUGGCCAUCUGCCACCCUUUCAAGGCCAAGACCCUCAUGUCCCGCAGCCGCACCAAGAAGUUCAUCAGUGCUAUCUGGCUGGCCUCGGGCCUGCUGGCGGUACCCAUGCUGUUCACCAUGGGCCAGCAGAACCGCAGCGCCGACGGCCAGCACCCCGGCGGCCUGGUGUGCACGCCCACCGUCCGCACUGCCACCGUCAAGGCUGUCAUACAGGUCAACACCUUCAUGUCCUUCUUGCUCCCCAUGGUGGUCAUCUCCGUCCUGAACACUGUCAUUGCCAACAAGCUGACCGUCAUGGUCCGCCAGGCGGCCGAGCAGGGCCAGGUGUGCACGGUCGGGGGCCCGCAGGGCACGUUCAGCAUGUCCAUCGAGCCCGGCAGGGUCCAGGCCCUGCGGCACGGCGUCCGGGUCUUACGCGCCGUGGUCAUUGCCUUCGUGGUCUGCUGGCUGCCCUACCACGUGCGGCGCCUCAUGUUCUGCUACAUUUCAGAUGAGCAGUGGACUCCGUUCCUGUAUGACUUCUACCACUACUUCUACAUGCUGACCAACACGCUCUUCUACGUCAGCUCCACCAUCAACCCCAUCCUGUACAACCUCGUCUCCGCCAACUUCCGCCAGAUCUUCCUGUCCACGCUGGCCUGCCUCUGCCCCCUGUGGCGGCGCAGGAGGAGGCGGCCGGCGUUCCCAAGGAAGGCCAACAGCGUGUCCAGCAACCACACCUUCUCCAGCACCACCACCCGGGAGACGCUGCACUAG